UGCGCGGGAAAUAUUUGAUUCAGCGCCAUUUCGAGGCGAACUUUUUGACGUUUGCAAAAUAAAAACAAUGUUUUGAUUACGGGUAUAUAUUGUGUCUUUAUGUAAACAAAAAUGAAUAUUUUUGCUACUAGUUAAUGUUGGCUGACCUUAUAAGUAAAAGGCUAGUGUACAUUAGUUAAAAUAGAGUGAGUUCAAUUGUGUAUUUCAGUGAAAGUGCGAAUUUUAUUUUAAAAAUGAAGUCUUCGAAAUAUUUCUUUUGUGGAUUACUAUUUUUAUUGGCUGUAUCAAUAGAAAUUGUGCAGCCACUGUGUGUGCUCGAAUCGGAUUUUGGCUUCAAAAUAAACUGUGCCUUCAAAAAGUCUGGACUGUUCAGGGUACGAAAUCUUGGGGGCAUCAAAGCACACGCCAGCUUAGGUUUCAGUCUGGGGGAUGAGCUUGGAUUUGAGCAGUCAUUAACUAAUCAAGAUCCAAGUAGACGAAGAUCCGUCAGCUUUAAAAAUGGGGCACCUAAUAUCCUGGUCGAUACUUCGAGUAGACCGGCCGCUAAGCAGGAAAAACGUGCAAAGCAGAAUCGAAUAAUGAUGAGGCCAAUGGCUCCUGUGAGCAGACCAAAUCAAGCUGCUAUGGACAAGCUUUCAACAUUACAUAGACGAGUUUCCUCUACCAUGCAGCCAAUUGUGAUAGCUGGGCCAUCUGCAGAAACUCCAAUGUAUAAAGCACAACCUACUGUAACCAUGGCAAAACCGAUGCCAAUGGGUGUGCCACCAUUUAGACCUUUACCACCAAAGGAGGAAACUUUAAGAGUAGUUCCAUUAGCAGCACAAAUGAAGAAAACUUACAGCCCGCUUCAAGUACCGCCGGCCUCCGGACUCCCCUACCAGAGUGAGACGCGCUUUAUAUCACCCGAUAACAUGUCAAAAAUGGUUUCACACAUGACUGCAGUACAAUAUCAACCAAUAAGACAAACACAGAUGAAAUCACAACCCACAUUAAACCCAUUCGUUCCCAUGCCAUCACAAGCUAUAUCUAUCAUACCCGCACCAGUUCUUAAAGAAUCAUCAAAUGCUAUGCCUUUCUCAUAUAACGCUGUCUCUUUUCCUAACACCAGUCCUAUUUCUAACUUUGUAGACCCAGUUCCUCAUCAAGUACACGAUGUCGCGAAUAUGUACUCCUACAACACGAAGAAAGUCGACGACUACAAUAGCAUAAGUGGUUACAGCGAUGAUAUAACCCUUAAAUUUAACAAAGACGAUAUAAAUUCGAAAAUAGCUGAAAUAGCCAAAGCCGGUAAUAUAUCAAUGGAGGCAGUAGAAGCAGCCAUAGCGUUGAGGCAACAGCAACUUUUGAGCAAAUACGCAAACAUUCCGGUGCCAACCACAACAACGAGCACAACAACAACAACAACAGAAGCCGUGGUCUUCCAACUGGAACCUGAACCAGAAAUUAUAGUGGCUCCAGUACCGAACAAACCAAAGAGAAACCCAACAUCAGGUAAAGUGAUGAACGCCCCGCGCGAGUACUAUCCCGUCGGCUAUGAAAAGAACUUCGACGAUCAUUUCCAAUCUAAAGUCGAUCUUCCAGAUACGAACUUCCAUUGCGGAGACCAGAAAUAUUUCCCUGGACUCUACGGAGAUGAAAACCUUGGUUGUAUGGUAUUCCACGUCUGUGCCCUAACAGACGAUGGUCUUGUCAUGAAAUCAUUCCUCUGUCCUGAAUCUACUCUCUUCGAUCAAACUAUUCUCAAGUGUAACUGGUGGUUCUACGUGGACUGCAAGAACACCAUGAAAUUGUACGACACCAACAUUCCUGUGUCGAAGAGCUAUCAGCUGAUGAAGGCUUUAACUUUCUUCUCCUCUUAUAAGAAAGAAAUGGAAGAUGGCCAACCAAUGAAUCCAGAAGAUGUUGAAGGUAUUAAAAGUGCUAUAACAAUACUGGAAAAUCAAGAUUCCAAACCAGAAGGAAGCGAGAAUGUUGAAAUCAUAACGCCAUCUCCCAAUACACUACCUAUUAUAGACGAAAGGCAUUCACACAAUAAAAAUAAUGUAACGUCGCCAGUUUACAGGGGAACUAGAGAUUACACAAAUUCCACUGAAAAAAGGAAUUCGAAACGCAACCCUGUACAAUCUCAAGACAAUGGAGACGAAUACAAACUUAUCACCCUCAAUGCCAAUAUAAAUUUCAAUAACACUAAUAACUCUGAAAAUAAGUCUUCGGAAAAUUCAUCUGAGAGAAAAAGACGAAGAAUGGUAUCGAGGAACAGUUACACGCCUACAACUAAGUCAACAACUACUCCUGUUACUACUUCCUCCCCUACUACCUCUACUACAACAAAAACUACUACACAAGCACCCGUUGAAGCGACGACGCCAUCUAUAGAAAUAAUAAAACAAGAAAUGCGGCCCAUAGAAAAUAUAACACCUAUAAAUGAGAAGCAAGAAAAACUAACAGAUAAAAUUGAAAAUUUAGAAGAAAUAGAUUAUACUAUUUUAAGAGAGGCCGAACAUUCUCCACCAGUACGAAGAUUUUAUAGAUCAAGUCAAGAAAGAGAUGACAGCAUAAAUAAAAAAGAGAUAGAGAUAGUUAAUAACAAAAAAGUACAGAUCAUAAGACCGACUUCAUCAGCUCACCUCGUCGGGGAGUAUCCUACACAAACAGCGACCAUUGCUAAGUUAGAUGAAGCAGUAUUAGGUAGGAAAAUUAGUGGAAGGUUCAAGAAAGAAGCUAUAACAAUAGUCGUACCAACGAACUAUGACAUCUAUCGAAGUCCGACGAGAGAUCGAACAUAGCCCAAAACGAAUUUUAGUCAAUAACAUACGGCCUUACUUAUUAACAUUGUUUUACGGACGAUUAGUUAAGCAAUGCUGUCUUCUUCUUUCGAAUGUCAAAUCAAUGAUGACAGAAAGAGAUAAAUCAUCGUUUAAAUAAACAGCCGAUAAGCAACGUGUACAAGUAAGGCCGUCAAUAUUUAGUGUCAUAUAGAUACAUUGUUAAUUUAUUUAUUUUCUCGUCAGAUACGUAAGCGUCGACGAUUGUACUGUGAAUUACGUAUUUGCUCAAUUUUCACGAUAGUCUAGAUGAAUCAGUCAAGUGAUAUUACGGUGUAUGUUUUAGUUGUUUAGAAUAAAAACUGUUUCCUUA